AGUUAAAAAAAUAAAAAAGAAAGAAAAGCAGCAGAGAGAGUCUUCUUUUUGAUAGGAACUCUACUGUAGUACUUUGUGACAGCUUUUUCUGGGCAGGGCCUACCAGCAGCACCAGAUAAGCCCACCAGAGAUCCACCUUGAACUAGCAUCUUCCUAGUGACCUGCAUAACCCAAUCCUAUCACCCCCAGUGGAAGCUGCAGCUGAAGAUAAGGCCACUUGGCCCCAGACACUGCACAGUGUGUGCUUUUCCUGCUUAGAAAGCCUGAACUGGUGAGGCUGACCCUUUACAAGCUAAGAAAGGCCAAGCUCGUGAGCCUGAACCUUAACAAGCUCUUGGAAUUCAUACAGACUAGAGCAGGAUUUUUUUUUUCUACUGGAAACUAACGCAUUCACUUUUAAAAAUACCUUAUUUGGUGCACAAGUCUGGCUAUUUCACAGAGAUUUCAGCUUUCCAAGUGAGCUGGAGCUCAUCUCUUCCCUUGGAAGAGCUCCUAUUUGAUGGUGGUCAGCAGAAGUCUCAACAUAGAUGUGGGCAAGGAAGGUUCUCACUGAGACUCACCCAAAGAAAACCUCCAAGGAAGAGAGAGUUCAUUUCAGGAUGAAGUUGCAAGUACGAAGAAGUAUUUUCAACCCAAGCAAAAGCCGUCCAUUGACCCACAGAGGCAGGAGGACUCCUCUUCCAACUGCUGCAGCCCCUGAAGUGAGAAUCUGGCUCCUGAAGGGACCACUGCCUCUCCUGCUGCUGUGCUCGAGUCUGCAGAGCCCCACGGUGAGUUCCCAGGUUGCAGUUAAAAUCGACUUUGACUUGGCACCAGUUUCCUUUGAUGAUCAGUACCAAGGCUGCAGCCAACAGGUCUUGGAGGAGCUGAUUCUGGAGGAUUAUUUCACAAAAGAACUAGCAGCCCACGAGUACCACAAGGUCUGGCAACGUGCCCUCUUAGCCUGGUUGAACCAAGCAAAAGCACCCCCCAAGGACAUGGCCAUUGCACAUGCUGUGGCCAUCUUGGUUUAUUCAUCAAACAACAGUGUCCGCUCAGAUUUCAUCAGAGCCAUGGCCAGUGCUGCCAGGUCUUCCCAGCAAUAUAAAAAUUCAUUCCAUUUCAAAUAUCUGCACUACUACCUGACCACGGCAAUCCAGCUGCUGAGGAAAGAGAUGGUCAGGAGGAAUGACUCUUUGUGUUAUGAGGUGCACCAUAAGGUAGAGGGUGUUUACUUGAGUGCCAGCACAGGUGCCACCAUACGCUUUGGCCAAUUCCUCUCCACUUCCCUCCUAAGAGAAGAGGCACAGAAGUUUGGGAAGCAAACUCUAUUUACCAUAUUAACCUGCCUGGGUGCACCAGUACAAGACAUCUCUCUCAAGAAAGAGGUCCUGGUCCCUCCCUAUGAGUUGUUUGAAGUCGUAAAUACGAGCUAUCACCCAAGAGGAAAUUGGUUGCAAUUGCGGUCAACUGGGAACCUGAGCACGUAUAAUUGUCAGCUGCUGAAAGGAACUAGGAUAAGUGGACGUAGGAGAUAGAGAAUGAAUAAAGCAAAAUCACCAUCCUAGGAGGAUUUUUAGUUGAAUGAGAAGUGGAAACAUGAACAUAUGUCUACACACAAAAGUACUAAGUAAUACGCCGGAUUUAAGCAAUGGUGGUGACUCAGUGCAGAAAGCUACUCAUUCUCUCCGGGGCAAGUGAGAAGGCUUCACAAUCAGGGGUCACAUGGGACUGGACAUAGGAAUGGGGGGUUUCAGUGAAAGAAGAGAGAAAAAGUCAUUUCAAGCAGAAACGCCAUAUGCUGAAUCCCAGAGAUUUCAAAGAGCCUGGUGUCUUGGGGGAAACUUGGAAAUUCUGGAGGGCGGGAGUGUAGGAGGCGUGGGAUGUAGGAAGAGGCCAGGAGAAAGGAAGCAGCAGAUGCAUUGGGGCUGGAGAAUUCUGAGGUGUCGAGGUUGUAAAAACUCCUGUAUCUCUAAGGGCUUUUGAAUGUAGUGCUGUUAAGUAGUGAGAAAUCGUGAUACGUUUGUAAGGAGUGGGACAUCUAUCAGAUCAGUAUUUUAGCAAGAGCUCUGAUGAUAGUGUGAGAAAUGAACGGAAACAGGAGAAAUUAGAGAUGUCAUAGGACCAAAAAAUAAAAAAUAAAAGUUCUUCUUUAGAAAAACUGG